CAAUUUUAAGCCGACGCCGUCAUUUUUAAUGUCAACUGCCGCCGUUAUUAAUAUUUGUCGGCAUAGGGUACUGCUUGCAAACUGUUCGUGAUUUUUUUCUGCACUGAAUAAAAAAGGCUAAAAACGAUGGCAGCCGUAAAUAAAUUAUCUGUUUUGAGCCGUGCCAUGUGCACCUCCACUCAAAUGGUUAAGCCACCAGUACAGGUUUUCGGCUUAGAGGGCCGUUACGCCACUGCCUUGUAUUCGGCUGCAUCAAAGACCAAGCAAUUGGAACAAGUAGAAAAGGAUUUGGCUGCUUUCCAAGCCACCCUUAAAGAAGACAAGAAAUUGCGCGAACAUGUCACCAGCCCCAUUAUUAACAAGAAGGUUAUGGCUACCGCCUUAAAGGAAAGUGCUGCAAAAUUGCGUUGGGCUCCCUCCACCGGCAAUUUGUUGGGUCUUUUGGCCGACAAUGGUCGCUUGAAUGUUUUGGAUGGUGUUAUUAAUGCUUUCCAAGUUAUUAUGGCUGCCCAUCGUGGAGAAGUUGUUUGCGAAGUUGUCACUGCCAAGCCUUUGGAUUCUUCACAAAACAAACAAUUGGAAAGCGCUUUGAAGGCCUUCUUGAAGAACAACCAAACCUUGAAGAUCACUUCUCGUGUUGAUCCCAGCAUCAUUGGUGGUAUGAUUGUGUCUAUUGGUGACAAAUAUGUUGAUAUGAGCAUUGCCAGCAAGGUUAAAAUGUACACUGAUGUCAUUUCCUCCGCCGCUUAAGUUAAAUAAAGUUUAUUUAAACAAAUGAUUAAACUAUAAA